CAGGCCACGGCCGCGCCGAGGGAGACACCGCCCCCCGCACGGCCUGCCCCGCUCCCGCCGCCGUGCACAGCGGAGGGGAUCUUCAGGGACUUCACCUGCCGCCGCGCGCCGCCCUCAUCUCACCAAAGAUGAGACGACAUUCUCUCGUCAGUGCAGCGAAGGUACAGAAACCCUGUACCUGUAUGGCAACAGUGAUGAGAGUUGGGAGCUGCGACCGCUAAAGUUGCUCAAACCACCCGGACAGCCUGAUCCGAGAAUGCUCGGCGUUAAACUAGUGAGGGGUGACAUGAAACACCCGAAGUGGCUUAGACACAUUGCCAUGCACUGUGAUGCAUGGCUCAUUCGGAUCUCCUUCCUUGGUGCCAAUUUGGGGACUCAAGCAAGCAGGCAACGCUUGUGUGCUAUGAUCAACAGUCUGCAAACUGUUCAUGAAAAAGUUGCUGCUAGUGACACAUAUCGCCGCAUAUAUCAUCGAGAGAAAAUGUUGUCUUAUGCAAAGAGUUAUGGGUUGGUUGUUGCACAGAAUAAGGAGAUCGAGGACGAGGAUGAAGGGUGUGGUACUGAGCCAACCAUAUGUGAUAGCUGUGGUAACCGUUACCGUAUGAACGCGUUCUGGAUCUGUUGCAAUGUGUGCGAUCGCUGGUUCCAUGGUAAAUGUGUGAAGGUAUCGGCUGCUCAAGCAGAGCACAUAGAUAAAUAUGAGUGCCCUGAGUGCUGCUUGGACAAGAAAGGGCACGAUUACAAUGCGGACCCAAUGCUUUCUGUUCUGUAUAAGCGAUACUAACUAGGUACGCCCUUCAGUCCCAAGUCGCAUGGAGCUAGUGGAUGUGAACUCUUCUGGACUUGUUUUCAUGCCAUAUGGAUUGUUGGACUAGCUGCUGAGGUAGUAAGCGAACUUGUGCGGCUGUUGAUUUAAGUCUGGAUUGCAUCAUGCUCUGAUUAUUCAACCAUUAGACCUGUCGAUUAAUCUCAAUGUUUCUGUAACAGUCCUGUGUAAA